UUCUCAAAAAUCUGAUCUCAAAGUAAAUACGCUUUUUUGUAGUUCAAGGUAGAGAUAUGUGAAUUAAAGAACCCAAAUUCGAUGAAAAAUAUAAUCUCAUGAAAAUGGAAUCUAGACCGAAUGGAGGCAAAGCCAAACUUUGAAAAACCCGAAAGUCGGCGGGGGGGGGGCUCUUGCCAAAAUCCUUGACGUCUCUGCGUUGCUUUGCCGGUAUCGUCAGACAAGGCUACCAGAUUACCCGACGAAGCACGACGAGCGGUCUUUUCAAUGCCAAAAAAUUGUUUAUUAAAUUCUUGAUUCAUCGUACAUGACAUACAUGAUGGCAGAGAGUGAUGAUGACAUAUGGGAGUACAAGUCGCUUAAAAGGACGAAAAGAUCAGACGUUUGCAGCAGUCAACCUUCAUCACGGCAGCCACCAUCGAAGAAACUACGCAUCAGUAACGUUAGUUCUCAAAUCCAGUCCAACGAGCAUGGCCGUACAUGCCGUAAUACUAAUAUCCGUGCACGGGGAAAUGUGCGGAGUUGUCCGCUAAUUCUGAAAUCAGAAGAAGAAACGUCAAACUUGGAAUUGUUAACUCAGUCAAACAAAUUGCAAAGUCUCAAGAUUCCUAAGAAACCGAUGUCUCAAAUAAAACUUGAAUCAUUUUCGCCAGCCGCACCGUCCAGGACCACCAAACCUGCCAAAGACCAUCAUUAUGAAGACCGGCAGAUGAGUUCCAAAACUCCGAAAAACAAAAGUAGGUGUACGGCUGCUGUCAACAAAAGGGCAAAACAGCCAACAAAGUCAAGCUGCAAAAUACUCAAAGAAGCAGAGAAUAGAAAGAAAAAAUCAACGUGCUGUGUUAAAAGUGUGAAGAUGGAAGUGAACGAUAACAAUACAGACAGGAAUAGGAGAAUAUUACAAGGCUACUGUCCAUUCUGUCAAAUGCCGUUUGGUGCUCUUGUCUUGGAUUCACCAGAGCGACAUGUUGCUGAAUGCCUCUCAAAACCACUACAGGCUGAAAAUGAAUGCCCUCAUGGAAUAGCCUGUGAUGUAACCAUUGAGAGCCACUACAGGAAAUUUAGGCAUUGCCUGUUGGCUGAGGCAAGAGCCACGCUACCAAAUGAAGCGAGGAGCAAGAUGUGUGAACAGCAAGAGUUGAAAACACAACAUCAGAAGGGAAUGACACAGAAAAAUGAGCAGCAAGAACCUCUGUCUUCAUCUCGGAAGAUGUCAGAUCCAUCCUCUCAUGAUGCCAUCAGCAGUCUUGCAAAAAGCCUUCAGAAUAGCACAGCAGUGCGUCAACAUCCAGUGACCAAGGGAGAAAAAUAUGCAACAGAAGGGAUGUCAAAUGCUACUGGAAACACAUCUAGUAAUGUAGUCUCAUCACAGAUUGGAAGUCUGAAUUCAAUACAGAAGAGUAAAUCAAUGGAGAAAGCAGUUCAGUUUGGUCUAAAAGCUGCUGCAGAGGAGUCUAAAUUAGUCUCUUUGGAGCAGGGUUCAGAGCCCCAGAAGAAUGAUGGUACUGAUCAAGUCCAUUGCAUCUCUAGUGAUGAAGAUAUAUUUGCGUACAGUGAGCAUUCAUGUGAAACACUUUCUGUAGCUUCCCAAGAAGAUACCCAAAAAGGCUGUGAGCAGCCUGUUGAUGACAAUGAUGACACACAGUCUAGUGCCAUGAGUGAGUUGUCAACUUCUAUCUUUGCUGACGCUGGACCUGUAGAACCCCAGCAACUGACUGCCGUGCUGACAUCAUGCUGCACUCAAACAGCUAGCAACUCAUAUACUCACUGCACUGAGUCUUCAGAAUCAACUUCUUGUAUUCAAGCCAAAGAUCUUCUGCCGUCCACUUGCCAAACAAAGACCUCUAAUUUUCCACUGAGAGUAGCCUCUAAGGGAAACAGACAAGCCCAGAACUUGAAUCUUGACUUUGAUCACUGCAGCCAGGUUGACAUCAGCAUCAAGGUCACACCGUGCGAAAAAGCUGAUCACACGAAACAGUCAUCUGACAACCUUUGCACCACACCAUCAUUCUUCAAGAUGAAAGCCAAAAAGGCUCAUCGGAUACAAGUCAUGGUGGAGGAGAAUCAAGACAAUGAGAGUGCUAACUCAGAUGCAGAUGAUUCGUCUGUCAGCGAUUCUGCCGUUCCAUCUGUCUUGAAGACAAACAUAAAGCAUGAAGCAGAAGAUCAAGAAAAAUGGUCUCAUGGUUGCCUUACAAAUAAAAAUGAGAGGGGAGGUGAAAGUAAUGUUGACAGUCACCAUUUCAUGCAGAAUGGAGUGGCUAGUGAAGUCCAAGGAUCAUCAAUUUCUGCCCACUCAACAACAACAGUGGGUAAGGAAUGUUCAUCCGAUAAUGAACCAUUAACAAAGCAAGAAUCUGUUGCCAGCCAAGAUCAAAAACGCUACUCUAAGAAAGUAGCAGAAACUUCCAAAGAGGGAACCCUAUCACAACUGGUACGCCCUGUAAUUAGUGCCUUGUCCAGUGCUGUCCCUUCCAACUCCCUUAGACAGUCUUCCCUGGCAUCUUACUUUGGUUUGGGUGCUGUAAAGAAAGAAAACCUGUCCCAAGAAGGAAAACAAGAAAGAUCUCUCCACGCAACUGAGACUGCUACAGCAAGCAAUGCUAUGCCUAUGAACUCUGACCCCAUGACCCAGAGCAGCCACAGGUCAUAUAAGUCUCAUAGUAGAUCAAGGAAUGGACGUUGGAGUAAGUCUUCCUCUCAGUAUGAUGAUGACACUGGACACCCACAAAGUCAGAGGGCUGGCAGUUCACAGAGACUGUGUCCAUUUUACAAGAAAAUACAAGGAACCUCAUUUGUUGUGGAUGCUUUCCGCUAUGGUGAUAUCCCAGGAUGCACUGCCUACUUCCUGAGUCACUUUCACUAUGAUCACUACGGCGGUUUGACUAAACACUUCAAACAUCUUAUUUACUGCAGUCAGAUAACAGCUAACUUGGUCAGAGCAAGAAUCAGGGUGGAAGCCAAGUAUCUGCGGCCGUUGCCAAUGAAUGAAGCAUGCGUGAUCAGUGGAGUGGAAGUCACCUUACUUGAAGCUAAUCACUGUCCAGGAGCAGUCUUAUUCUUGUUUCACCUGAGUGAUGGCCGAGUCUUCCUUCACACCGGGGACUUCAGAGCUGACUCUGCCAUGGAACAACUCCCACAACUUCGCAGCUGCCAUAUCGAUCAACUCUUCCUGGAUACCACGUACUUAGAUCCUCAGUAUGAUUUCCCUACCCAAGCUGAAGUCAUUGAAUACACAGCACAAAUUGCAGUCGAUGUGGUGAAGCGGAACAACAAAACUCUACUUGUGUGUGGUACCUACACCAUUGGCAAGGAGAAAAUAUUCAUUGCCAUUGCUGAAGCUGUUGGCUGUAAAGUUUUUGUUGCUAAGGACAAGAAGAAUAUCUUGGACUGUUUGGAAAACAGUCGCCUGCAAUCUAUGCUGACCCUGGAUAAAAAUGCUACCAGACUUCAUGUAGUUACCAUGGCAACACUCACCAACCAAAGCUUGAAGGAAUACUUGUCCAAAUUUUCUGGUCGCUAUGAUGCUGUUGUAGCUUUCAAGCCAACAGGUUGGACUCAUAGUGACAAGAAGACAAAUUUACAGGAUAUCAAACCUUCUAGGAGUGGACCAGUUUCUAUUUAUGGAGUUCCGUAUAGUGAGCACAGCAGCUACAGUGAGCUACGGCGAUUUGUCCAGUUCAUCCGCCCUAAUCGUAUCAUACCCACCGUCAAUGUUGGAAGUGCAGCGAGUAGGAAUGCAAUGAAUGAACAUUUCAAGACUUGGUUGAGUGAAGAAAUAGGUUCAUCCCAAGGACGACAGUUGCAUCAACCCAGGAAUUCCAGCAUCUUAAACUGGUUUAAGUGAUUAUGUUUGGUGAAGUGAGACCAUGGUUAUGUUUGGGAAUUGCUUUCGUCCUUUUAUGUAUUGCAUGACACAGGCAGCAUAUAGAACUUCAAAGUUUUUAAUUCUGAGGACAAAUGAACAGUUCCUUUGGACCAUUCAUGAUAACUGUCAACAUAUGCCUGGUGAUAAUUCAGUUUGAUAUUUCACUGGAUGGAAGACUUGGUCUGCAAACAAAGGAUUUGUGGAGUAACUGUUUAAUCAAAUUUAUGCAACUCAGGAACUUUCGUCUUUUUCUACUCACAGUGGGAAUAGAGCUUAAAUCUGACUUUAGUAAAUGUAACAUGUUUUCCCUUUGAGUUGUGCGCUAUGAUAUCUUCCUUUUAACUCUAACUUCUGUUAUACAACAUAGACUAUAUACAUUUUUAGUGCAAAUGUAACCAUGGAGAUGCAAAUGAAAGUUUUCACUCACUACAUGCAUUGAAGAUGUUCGUACAUGUAUUUUUGCAAUAACAGUUUGUAACACUGUAGCACUAGCAUAUAACUUAAAUACCGCUUAAUUAACAGGAUCCACCUAAGUGUUAAAAUGAAAUAUCCUCUGCAGAUAGCUGUCAGUAAAGCCAUGGUGGAGCAGUUUAUGAAACAGAUUUUAAUGCAUGCAUUUUUGUCUUAGAGUGAAACCAUGAUGUACAUGUAAUAGCAUCUGGACUUAUUGGAAAACAUACUUAAUUCAUGUAACAGUCUAUUUUUUAAACCAAGUAGCACAAGAAUCCAUUGAAUAGUACUGUCAUCAAUGAUUUGUGACUUAAGGCUGGAAUUACUAAGACAACAAUCAGCAAAAAAUAUUCCUGUAAGUUGUAUCACUUGAACACAAUAUUCACAAUGUUAAUAAGGGAUUGGAUUUUCUCACAUAAACAUGUAGAAAGAUGGUAAGGCAAUUACUAAGCCAGGUUAAUGGGCUACUUGAAUGAAGCUGCUGAUUAAUCGAAUUGGAUGAGUGUUGAGCGCAGGAGAGUUAUAUUCAGGAAACACUGGUCUCCUUCCAGAAAUGCCAUAAUUGGGCAAAUGUUGAUGUUUUCACUUAUUGACCCUUACCUGUAAGAUACAUUGUAAAUUUCAUGAAAUUUUGUUGCAUCUGGCGUAAAGUUAGGGUUGAGUGUAUGUUGUCAACAUUUCUUGGGUGUUUCUUUGGUAAUUGGGACUGUACAGUAUCAUGGUAAUCCUCUCAUUAAAUGGAUCAUGUUAAAAGUGAAACAAGGUUGUUAACUGUACUUUGGUGAGUUCACGUACUUUAUUUUUGUAACAGGAUCUCAUUAGAUAACACACGUUUCUAGUGCAUGUCCAUACGAUUAUCUUGUCAGGGGCAAAUUGGUUUCUUUUUUAUUCACAUAAAGGGAUUAUAUACUCAAGUUUAUGACAGACUUUGAUUCAAAAUAAUUCUAGAUUUUUUUUUUACUUUAAAAUGGUGAAAGCCCUCAGCCAUAACGCCAUUGUCAAGUUAAAAUAUUUUGCUGUACAGGCCUGAAGGGCAAAUUGGAUUAUUUUAGUAGAAACACACCUAGGUCACAGAAUAUGUUUAUAGUUGAAUUCAAGAGGCCUACGGGGUAUCAAUAACCUUUGACCUCGUUGUGACCUUAUUGUGAAUGUUUAACAUGAAGGUUACUGAAUUUAACUCAAAGAACAUGUUUUAUGCCAUGAAAAUGGAAGAUAUUGAAUUUCAUGAGAAGCUAGUCAGGCCAAAAGGUUUCACAGAACCGCAGCUUUCAUAAAUCUAUUAGCUUUGAAUGACCACUUUCAUCUUAGCCAUGAAGGGUCGCGUACUCAGCUCCCGAUGAUCAUAUUCGGAACUCCAUCGACUUGUAUAACUCUACCUCAUUGCAGCAUUUACAUACAAAGGCUUACUUGCCGUAGUGCAUGUACAUGU